CAAGGCAAACCCCAUGACUUACUACUAGUACUAGUCGCGGCUCAGCAAAUGAAAUGGAGUGGAAACCUGCUCAGUUUGACGUCUCUUACCCUCCAGAUCUUGUCCAAACAAAAAAUCUGGACGUGGAUCCUGAUUUUGCAGACAACUUCGCUCGUUGUGCCAGGUGGUGUGCAGAUGGAUCCAGCUUCCUCGUCCAGUGCGAAAACAGGUCGUUUCAGCUCUUCAAUAUUCCAGACGUUCAAAGCACACAGCUCUCCGCUCACCAUAAGCGUACGUUCUCGCAGUCCUCAGCGGUUGUUAAUUUUGCUUGGUAUCCUGGAGCAUCAUCCAAUAACGCUCCAGCUUACUGUUUCGUCGCUUCUGUGCGUGAUUGUCCAGUGAAGCUUCUGGAUGCUUCAGAUGGAAGGCUGAGGGCCUCAUACCCGAUCAUCGAUCAUCGCGAGAGGUUCAUCGCUCCUCAUAGUCUCGCAUUCAACUUGACAGCUGACAAACUAUACUGUGGUUUCGAAGAUGCUAUCGAGAUCUUCGACAUACAACAACCUGGAGAGGGCGAUCGGCUCCCAACCACGCCUUCCAAGAAAAGCAAGGAUGGCCUCAAAGGCAUCAUAUCUAGCAUAGCUUUCUCCUCUUCUUAUGACUAUUACGCGAUCGGCAGCCUAACGCCUUCCUCACAAGCGAUGGAUAAUAUUGCAUUGUAUUCGGAGUCAAAUCAAGCAGCUAUAAUGCCUGUAGGAGGCGCAUAUUCUCAUUCCGGAGUCACGCAGCUAAAGUUCAACCCCACAAAACCGCACCUUCUAUAUGCUGCAUUUCGUCGACACGAUGCUAUAUAUGCAUGGGAUCUUCGCAGUGAUACAUCUGUACCUGUAAAAGUCUUCAAGACAGCCCCUGGUCCUCGCAAAACCCGGACUAAUCAAAAAAUAGAAUUCGACAUAGAUUACGCUGGAAGAUGGUUAAGCGUCGGUGAUCAGGAUGGAUGUGUUUCGAUGUUUGACCUUGAAGAUUCGGACGAACUGGGUUCUGAACAGUCGCCAGUGAUUUCGUCACAGAACAUCGCCCCAAAGACGACUUUCAACGCACACGGAGAUGUAGUUGGCUGCGUGACAUUUCAUCCCCUACGUUCUAAUCUCUUGUCAAUAUCGGGCUCACGCCAUUUUGAUGAGGAUAUGAGGGAGGGUGAUUCUAAUAGCUCCGACGAGGAUUCAACAGACCAGGAGUCGGAUUCUGAGAGCCAGAAUAUUAUCGCAGUGUCAACGUGCCGACCACUUCCAUAUGUCAAGGACUCUUCUUUGAAGCUGUGGUCAUUCGAACCCACGCGGACUGUACAACACGCUUGAUCGAUCCUUGUUUCGAGGCGCGCGAAUACCAUUGGACUGGUUUAUAGCUCAGUCCAGGUCGUCCGCCGAACAAAGGCGAGAUUUCGGUCGGCUUCUGCUUUUUCCAACAGUUGUAAACGAUGUCAAAGACAUUAAUGUAAGAACUUAUCGCACCCACUGUACAACACAUGUAUUCUGACUGGUCUAGAGGAAUUAUGAAUCAUGACAUGCAUUGUUACACAAGGUCUUUUGUACCACGCAGUGAUCUUGACGCGAUCGCUUGGUGGAGACAGCAGAAUGCUAAUUUCUAU